AUGCAGCCCAGCAUUACGCCGCCGCUGCCUCCCAUUCACGUCAAGCUCGGCGAGGCGGCAAGCUCGGCUCGCACCCCAUCACUGCCGUCGCCGUGGCUGUCACAAGUCCUCUCGCUUUCUUCAGAUUACGAGAUUCACAACGAGCAGUUGCCGUGGGGUGCCCACGAUGGCACCGGCGCCGGUGUGACCCUCGCAUCUAACGACUCGGAGACCGUGAAGGGUGUACGACGCCCACAGAACGAGUGCACCUCUGCACUACCCUUGGCCGACGCAACCACAGAGAUGCGCUCUACGCCGACGCCAGGAUCGCUAGCACAGGCUUCCUCGUCGACAUCCCGCUCAGACGCGCCGUCGUGGAGACGGGUAGAGACACCAACGGCAACGCCGCCCUCUCCAACUGCCAUGCUAGUGCUCAACCGUUCCUUCUUUUCUCGGAAGACGCGUGCCGCUCCUGCAUCAUCGGCCGCCGCAGCAGCUGUUGCGCCGCUCCGCACGCACGCCCUCACGGCACGAAUGCCGCCUCAGUCACACACUCAGCGCACCGUAGCCGCACCCGCCGCAGCGCCGUCGCUUAAGACGCUCCUGUCUCUGCGACGAGACAGUGCAGGGGCGCGGACGAGUGUGCUGGCAACGGCGCGGCACCGCCGCCUGCUGCCGCUGACAAGUGCUGAGAGGUCGGCGCACAAAGAGGAGAGAGACGGCAUUAUCACACGGACGAGGUGCUUGACGCGGGAAUCGGUGUUGAAGUCCACCUCGAACUCUUCUGAGUCGAAAGAAAACAUUCGUGGCUCUGCGUCUACGUUGGGGAGGACGCUGUGCAAUGGCCACUACCACCCCUCUUCCCAGGCUCAGGUAGCUCUGUCUUCACCGCUGUUCUUCAGCGCGACCGCCGCCACUGCCACCAUCCUUGGGCAUGGAGCUGUCACUGGGACGCCAAUAUGCAUUGCCGGUCAGCACUCUAAUGGCAGUCGACUGAGUGACACCGCUUCUCCAUCGGAUGAAGGUGAAGUCACUUUAGCUUCGCUGACAAGUCUGCAGCAGCGUCUGUGUGGUUGGACAAGGGGCACGCAUGUGGCGGUGGCCCCCACCACAGGACGCGGUGUCAACAUGCCCGAGCCCCGCCGAGGUCACGGGCGGCAAGCACGUUCAACAAGGGCGCCCUUCGUAUCCACAACGGAGCUCGCUGGGAAUACAGCAACUUCUCCGAGGUGCGUUAAAGCGAGGACAGUGGGCAUCACCACAGGCCACACCGCCCUAACUGUGUCGGUGGCGCAGUGGAAGCCGCUGCUGGACAGCGAGCGCAUUUGUGGUGAGCGAGGCAAGCACGUUGCGCGCUUGCUGAUAGAGCGUCUGCUAGGCAUCACCACAACAGCCGGGCCUUUUGGCGGUCAUAGCACUGGCGGCGGCGUGUUGGACCACUUUAGCCCGGACAUGCUCGACGAAGACGAGAGCGGCGGCGGCGGUGCCAGAGGGGGGCAUCUCCGCCCCCUCUGCGAGCGCGCCGUUGUCGCGACGUACCUCCUCAGCUCCCUCCUCGACGGCCUCCCGCGGCACCAGCAGAGUCUCAGUCCGUACAUCCACAUGCUGCUCGAUUUCACAUUCGUCUCUGACACACCCACCAACCGCGCCAUGCUGGGCGGCAGUGUGCAAGACGAUGAACUCCUCUACGCGCUGGAGGUAGAGCAAGAGGACGGUGGUGGGGAUGACGGGGGGACGGCGGCUGCCGCUGCUUGGUUGCCACCUGACGUGGCGGGGCGUGGGUCGACCUUGUGGCCAAGCAUUGAGUUGCACCACGGCAGCGGUUCAUCUUGCCUUACAGACAACGGCCAUAGCGAUGCCAAAGGGUUGUACGAGCUUCUGUAUCCACGCUUCACACGAAUGACGUACGUUGCCGCGCACUACGACGCGGCACGAACAACCGUGGCGCUUGCCUACGAUGUGCGGUCUCGUGAGCUGCAUCAGCGCAGUGUACCACGUCUGCUCGAGUGCAUGCACCGCCACUGGAUGCGCUGGCUGAUGCGUGCGGUGCUGCGCGCGUGGGAGUGCCUGUGUCAAGAGCGACGGGUGCAGGAACAGCGCCAGCGCACCCGCUGGGCGCAGCGUUGGACCAGUGAGCGGGGGCGUAUCGCUUUACGACGCUGGCGCGGCUACGCUGCGUUGACACUGCAGAUCGCUGAGGCUGACAGCUUGGCGAAGUCCCUCCUGGCGGUGAAGCGUUCCGGCAUUGAGCGACUGGAGAACGAGUCAGCCGCAAUGCAGGCCUCCAGCGCACUCCUUCAGCGCACUCUGCAUCGCCAAGACGAGGAGCGCGACGCCAUGGAGGGCCGCAUCGUACAGCGGGAGCAGGCGUACAAACAGCUGCUCCAGCAGGUCCGCGAGAUGGACCGUGUUGGGUCGCUCAUGCUGCGCUCGCUGCUGCUGUCUGAUGCGCCGCCAGUGCCGAACGAAGCGGACGCCUUGAACGGCCUCUCUGCGGCGGUGAGCUCCGCCUCCGGCGUUGGUGACCAGCAGUCCUCGACGUUGUCGCUGAGCGUGUCGCCGGACGGCCUGGCCCGCUCUGCAGCGACCUCGUCGUUUUGCGAGGCAAGCGGCGACCCGAUUGUCCGGCAUCCGCCGCACACGCUGGUGGCACUGCCGACGCUGCUGCGGUGGGCCAAGGCAUGUGUCGCCACGGUGCAGGCCGAGUACGUCUCCUUCUUCCCUGACGAAGAAGAGGAGGAGAGUGGCGACGAUGUCAUCGAGGCGGCGAUCGAAGGCAAUGCGAAGGAUCUCACCACAAGCCGGACGCCCGAGGAGAAAAUCGGUCCCCGCGGCAAGAGCACCACAUCCCCAUCACCGUGCACGCCCUCUUUAGCUGGAGGGAGCAACACAAAUAAGACGGAAGCUACGCGCGGCCCCUCCACCGGCCUCGAGGUGCUACUCACCCCUACCACCGCAGAGGGGCCGGCACCAACCACGCGAUCGAUCGCAGCGUCGGACACUGUUCUGGUGCCGCUGCAUAUGAUUCUCUUGCUGAUGCGGGCCUGCAGCGGGGCACAGGAUAGAUCGGCAAUGGUCGGCCGCGACGGGUACGACGUCCACAUCACCACAACAACAACGUCGGUGACAAUCACCAGCGCGAAGGAUACGUCGCUGACGGACAACGGCGACGCUACCACACCCGCAGGCCCAUCGUGGGACCUCGUGCGCACCAUCGAACUUACUGACAGAGUCGUCCUCAAUGAGUGCCGCGCGCUCCUCCGAAAAGAAGAAGAGGUACUGGCUGGCAUCGAUGAUGGUCGUAGUACUGCUGCAGCAACAGCAGCAGCAAGUGCCUCCCACGGAGAGCGCCGACCACCGACUCCGUCGAAGUCUGGCGGCACCAGCAACGCCCUCGCCAGUGUGUCAGUCUCUGGCGUCUCCAUAAUGCACCGUCUCACCUCCGCCACACGGGAAAAUCUGCUGCAGGUGUGCCGCGUCGUCGUUGACACGUACGAGCAGCUCACGAACACUGCGUGCGUCGUCACGGCCGAGCAGCUUUUCAGGAGGUCGCGCGGCACUCUGUUGGUGUUGAUAGCAGCCCUCAUGCGCUACUAUACGAACUGGACCACGAACCGCAGGCAGCAACUGACGCCGCUGUCCAUCAAAGGCAAGUGGACGGACCUCCCUGUCUUGACGGCCGCGGCGCAUGAGGGAACGAAGCACAACCUAUACGAAGAGUGGUCACACCCGCCGCACAGCCACCGUGGCUGGCUGGCACACGUUCAACGCCAAGCACAGUGGAUCGCACUUUCCUUUAGUGCCCUGCACGAUGCCAUCCGUGUCGCCACCUGCUCGGUCGACGCCCUCAGCAUUAUCGAGCAAGAGCGCGUGGCGGGGCUGCUCCAGCGGAUCUCGCUGACAGAGUUCAUUGACCUCUUGGGCCACUCACCAGAGCACACAAUGCAGAGUUAUGUGGACGUGAUCGGCGUCGUCGAGCGGUACGCACCGUCGCUGCACCUUCUCUUCCAUCAGUAUGCCCUUCCCCUGGCGCAGCUGCGUGCUGACGCCGAGGGGGCCAACAAUGCCCCCACUCAAAGCAGAAACGUCCAAAACGACGAUGAUGGAGGCGGAGACGCAUACAUCACAGGCAACACCGUGUGGGGUCUUCUAUGCCUCACGGGACUUGCCGGCAAGGCGCCGCGCCUGUCGGGUGCGUCCUCGAAGCGAGGAGCAUCAUUGGUGUCGAUGUCGCUGGCUAUCCCGUCGCCACCGCUCUCCGCAACUCUGCAUCGUCCAGCUGUAUUCAGCCUCAUCGAGCAGGUAACACAAGGUGCCGUCGCGCCCACUGCGGUGCAGCGGCAGCUCUCGUCGAUGCCGGGCGGUAGCGGCCCCACGGCCUCACCGGCACCGGGAGGGCCCCCCUUCGGCUCGCCAGACCGCACACUUUUUUCGCGGCGCACCAGACGUGCAGACGUAACGUCAGUGAGCCGCAAGGGCCGCCCCAUCCCGUGCUACGCCCGAGUGCUGCGCGAUGACCACCACGUUGACCUGCGCGCCGACACCGGCGCUGUAUGCGUCAACUACGUGCAGUUCGUGAAACUCGUCAUUCGUCUUGCUCACGCAUGGCAGUGCCAGCAGCAGCAGCAACCGUUGAUAGCAGAAGAAGAGGCACUGCAUCGGGCGAAGGCGGGUGAGGAUGGCAGUCGACGUGUCACGGGAAGUCUCAAGGACGCUCCAAGCGACUCCCCACUCUCCGGCGCGGCUCCAUCUUCCUGCAGCAGCUCCGCAGCCUUCACCACCGCAUCAUGUACCUCUUCACAGCAACAACAGCGCCGGACCAGCGCCUCCAGCGACCACGUCCAGUAUGAGGCCGUCGACUACGCGAGUCAGCUCUGCCUCCCGUACUUGAAUACAUUCUUGGGUGGGCUGCUGCUACCACGUCUGCUAGGCGCGAACCGCUGGAUUGUCGCGGCGCAGCGUGCCUUUUGGUGCAAGCCAGUUCUCCAGCUGCUUGCGCAGCAUCACGACGCGCUACUGACGGUGUUCAACAUGUAUCAGCGACCAUGUGAGAGCCGCGGCGUGCGUGCGGCGCUGCCGCCGCCAUUCUCGACAGAGCUUGCGACUUACAGCGGACGUGGCAGCACUGCCACGGGAACGGGGCCAGCGCUUGGGAAGGAGUCGGACGAGUUGCCCAUUGAGUCAGACUUCAGCCAGCGAAGGCUCCCCAGGAGCAUCAGGUCGCACUCUGGGUCUAUUUCAAGUGCAAAGGGAAACCCCAGUGCGGUGCCAGCCACCCUGCGUGACGUGGGCAUCGUGAGCGUGCUGCGCUGGAAUGAUGUGCAGGCGAUGGCGAAGGAGCUCGAGUGGCACCGCGAGGCUCGCCUCUCUGAAAUGGGAGUGCGUCAUUGCUUUGACCGCGUCGUGGCCGACGGGGCGCGCGAAGGGGCUGUGCUGUUCUUUGCCGAGUUCCUGCAUUUAUUGUGUGCCGUCGCCACCUACGCCGCACCUGAUCCAGCAGUGCCGCUCGAGACAAAGCUCCAUUUGUUUCUCCAAACUCGCGUUCUGGCUCAGCUAGAGUAG